UGUGCGUGUUGUGAAGGCUAAAUAGUCAUUCAAGAUUACGUUUAAAUAGUUAAUGGUACUACUUAUUUCUUGCGAGAUGUCAGCCAAAAGUUAUCAAGAAACGGAAGAUACAGCACAAGGAGAAACUACACUUAAAGAAGAAUUAAAUAAAAAGAUCAAAGAACAGAAGGUUGUGGUUGACGAGCUCUCCAAUCUGAAGAAAAACAGGAGGGUUUACCUACAGCAGCCCAAUAGCAACAUUUUCUUUUUGGCGGACAAAGGAGAGACCCUUAGCACAUGCAAAAAGGCACUGGACAGUAUGAAGAAGGAUUAUCAAGACAUGUAGAGGCAGCUCAAAGGAGAGAGAACACGGCUCAAAAAAGAAACAGCUGAACUUAUUCUAAGGAUGUGCGGUAUUUGCUGUGUGUUGAGCGUG